AUGCAGAUGCAGCAGGACUAUUAUGCCCUUCUGGGAGUGCCGAGGACGGCGUCUAAGGACGGUAUUCGGGAAGCGUACAAGUUGAGGGCGCUGGAGCUUCACCCAGAUAAGAACCCCGAGGGGGAGGCCGUGUUUAAAUUGGUGCUGAAUGCAUAUCAAGUACUUGGAUCUCCCACAAAGCGAAGGAAGUACGAUCAAGAAAUGGCCUUACGUGAUGGUAGGAGACCGGUAGCACAUGCAACCGGGCGCAACGGACCAAAACCGACGCAGGGAAAUAAUAAAAGCCCGAGGGUUCCAAAUCCUGCACCCAAACCAUCGUUUGCCAGUGGUGCCUCUAGAAAGCCUGUGGAUGAAAAGUUGUUUGAGGACGUUUACAAGCAAUACCAAAAGGGAACGUACGGAGGCUCUGCUCCUUUCGGAAGGGACAACAGAGAUGGUUUUCGUGGCGCGGGUGCCAAUCAGCAGAGUUUUGCAGAGUGGUUCAAAAGAAAACAAGAAGAACUUAGACAAGCAGAAGAGGUGUUCAAGGCAAAGCUAGAUUAUGCGAAGAAGCUAGAAUUCGAGGAGAAGCGGCGGGCGGAGGAAUGGCGCAUACUGCAGGAGCGUCGGGAAAGAGAGCGAGAAGAAGAAAUCGAACGUGCACGCGCUCAACGGGAGUGGGAGGGAGAGUUACUUCGUCAUGAAAAGGAAAUGGCCUCAAAAAUUCGUAAGGCGGAAGAGGAAAAACAAAAAAUGGCCGCAUACUCCGAAGUUCAGAAAAGGCAACAAGAAGAUCUUGAUGCCCAUCUCAGAGAGCUCGCGAUGAUGAAAAAGGAGCUCGAGGAUGAGCGUCGUCGCUUGGCUACAGAGAGGGAAUUGGCUCGUCAAGAAUCAACGGAUCAGCAACACGCGCGUCUUGAACGUCAACGGCAGCGCGAGAAGGAGUUGGCAUUAGAGCUUCAACGAGCGGAAGAAAAGAUAGAAGUGGCUCUCGCCAACCAAGCUGACUAUGAGGCGUAUGAAAAGGAACGCGAGGAGCGGAGGUUACGGGAGGAGGAUGCCAGAAGGCUUGAGGAAGAGCGCCGACGUCAGACAAAUCUUCACGAAGAGGAGACGCGGCGUCAGUUUAACGCGGAGCAAGAGGAAGCCCGUCGCAAGGCUUCAGAGGAGCUUGGCGGAAAAAGAAGGGCCAUAUUGGAGCAAUUUGUGAAGGAACGCCAGCGACAUCAAGAUGACGUUGAGGCAAUGCGACGCGAAACGGACCGUAUUGAAGCCGAAAUGCAAGCGAAGCUUGAUGCCUUGAGGGAGGCGAAAAGGUCUGGACAACCGAUCAACCUGGACGAGUGGAAGUUGUAA